AGAUCAACAUGAGCGUACCUAUGGAUAUUCUUCUCAAAAGAGCGACAAACUAUAUAAAGCAAAACAAAAAAUCUAUAAUUGAAAUUCCUAUUUUAACGGAAAAAUACGACAUAGGACUUGGAAUCAUAUGUUAUUUCAAAGUGUAUAAUACAUAUAGAGCCGUCGAAGAUACUUCGACUCUGAGAAGAACGGAAUGGAACGGAAUGGAUGUAAUUACAUGUAACAAAACAUGUAAUAUAUGUAACAAAAGACAAAUAUAUAUCAUAAAAGCUGGCUUUAGACUUCCUAUAGCUGAACUUAAGUAUAAUUACUACGAGCUUACAGGUGGUUUAAUCACAAUCGAUGGUGAUGUACUUGUAACUGUUGAUGCAUUAGGAUUAGAAACAGUGAUAGAACUAUUAAUGAUUAAUGAUACAAUGCACGCAUGCAGGGUACGAUACGUCCAAGUGAUGGAAUUUGGCAAAAUCAACAUAGAAAUGACUGGUUUAGGAUCACUCGGUAGUUUCAUUUCCGACCUAAUAACUCAGAAGAUUUCAGAGUGGCGAGAGCAAAUUAUUGAAAAAAUUGAAGUAUAUGCCAGGGAUAUUAUUGAAGAACAAUUAAACAAUUAAAAUGAAUUUUUUUGUAUAAAGUAAUGAUGUUUGAAAUAUUUUCUUGAAUUAUAAUUACACAUCUUGUAAAUUAACACAAUAUUUGAUUCAAAUCUUUAAUCCUUCAAAUGCUUAUCACAUGGAUUUGAAAAAAGGCACAUAUAUAGUACACGAAUUUAAAGUAUAAUAUUACAUGUAUGUACUCUCACUUUUUCAAUAUAAAUCAUCAUUAUGCCAAGAAUUAAAAAAAAUAUCGAUGUCCUUUAUAAAUAUAAAUAAUGACUUUUAUUAUAUGAUAUAGCAAAGUUAAUAGUAACUAUGUAAUAAACCAAGAAUUUCUUGUAACUAAAAAUUUUAUUAUUUUCAAAUAUCAUUUUAUGUAGCAUAUAGCAAUGUACAUUUGUCUGUAUAAUAUUUAGAAAAUGUCUAUAUAAAAAUCUAUUUAAAAAUACAUUUGUUAUACAUUAAAUUGUUAUUGCGAAAGCUCGCAUUUCAAGCUCUAAUAAAUCUAAUAUAAGCUGUCA